AUGUUUGAAUGGGCUUACAGUGGAGCAAAUAAAGCUGUACCAAGAAAUGUGGGCCCCGAAUGCGCAUAUUUUUUAUCAACGCAACGAAAAAUAAUUGAAACAAUUAUUGUGACAAGUGUUUGUAUGUAUGUUAUUGCUAAAACAUACCCAAAGUUAAACAUUCCAAAUGAAGAUUCAUAUGUUAAAAGUGACAGAGGUGGGAAGAGAUUACUAGUGAUUUUACUUGCCUUACUAUGGGGAAUGGAAAUUGGUUUCAAAUUUGCAUCACGAACUGUAAUUUACUUAUUGAAUCCAUGCCAUGUUACUACAUUAAUUCAAAUAUACUUAUUGUCUGCACCACCUAGUAAAACAGUUACAACUCUGUUUAGAAUUCACUUAAAUUUGUUAAAUGGACCACUUUUAGCUUUUCUCUUUCCGGAAACUGCAUCAAGAACUAUACUUGCAGAAGCUGCACUGUAUUGGAUUCAACAUGGAAUGAUGUUUGUGAUACCAUAUUAUUUGCUCAGAAUUGGUGGUGUUUAUAACAUAGAGCCCUUUUGGGACUUCAAUUGGGCUAUAUUUAGUUAUUCUCUUAAUCUGCUAUAUCACUUCAUUAUUUUACAAAUAAUAGCCAUACCAGCACAAGUUAACCUUAACCAUAUGCUGUGUCCAGCAAUAUUAGAUCCAUUUGAUGGUGCCUGGUAUCGCAUAGCUGCAGUAUUACAUCAAGCUAUUUUGUGUCCUAUGUUAUGCAAACUGUUUUGCCUUAUGGCAGAAUUUUGUUUGACAAAGUUUCCACCUACCAAAGUGAAACCAAAGAUGAAGGAUAAUUUACUAGAUAAUAUCUUAGAACAUAAAGAACAUGUUGAAUAA